AAGUAUGUGAGUGAGAGAGCAUUUAUCGGUCGGGGAAUACAAACAGACGGCAUUUUGAGAACCCAAAACGGUGUCGUAUCCUGUUUGGGGAUUUCUUUUUCCGUAACAAAAACAUCGUGGCGGCCAUCGAUGAAUGAUUGAAGAGCUGAGUUUGAUCAAAUAAACAAGACUUUGAUUGCGUCGAAGAGGAGGAGGAAGGCUGCAACGUUCAAGUGUUUGUUUAGGGACCGAAAGUGGGGGCUAGAACAGCGAUGACGACCUUAACGCCCGAAAUAAGCAGUUUGGACAUUUCUGAGUUCCAUCACACUCCUUUUUACUGUGAGGAGAAUGUAUUCUUUCUUUGCAAGAAAUUAUGCACCAGUGGAAUAGCAGAUGCGAGGGGAUCUGAUCUUUUUGUUGCUUUCAUUUCCAACGAGAAGAAACAGGCAUACUCCAUUGUGGCAUCAAAAGGCCAGCAAAAGGGCAGGCGGGGUUAUUCUCUGGGACUAUCAUGUGAUUUGCAUUCAGAAAAGAAGAAAAGGUGACACUCCUUGGUUAGUGUGGGAUUUAGAUUCAAGUCUUCCAUUUCCUUCUCCUUUAACGUCCUAUGUGUCAGAAACUAUCCGGCCAUCGUUUGAGCUCUUUUCUGAGUAUCAGAGGUUUUUCCGGAUUGUGCAUGCUCCAAUGUUUCUUCGAUGCUUUGCAUCUGAUAGAAGGCACAUGAAAGAUUCUGUUGGGAACUGGACUGCUGAACCUCCUGCAUAUGAACCCAUAAUUGCUGAAGAUGGAGCUGUGCACAACUUGAAUGAGUACAAUGAGAUCUGUGCUGCAGAUGUCAUGACAAAUGCAGGAAGCGACUUGAUCAAUGCGGUCUUCACCCAGAAACUUGGUGUGGUGGCAAACGAAGGUCAGCUGGAGGAUUUCUUUUCUCAAAUCCCUUGAUGUAUGGGUGAAUCUCUUACCACCUAUAACUCACAUGUAAUGCUUUUUUCUUUGUCAAAGUAUAUAUAAAUCACAUGUAAUGCUAGUUUCCUUUGUUUUAGAAGGAAAGAAAGAAUAUAUGGGAUCAAUUUGCCAGCA